GCGCGCGUGCUCCGUGCGUGAUGCUGAAUUGUAGGUGAUGAUGGCGGAAGGGGAGCAGCGCUGAGUUUCACCCGAGUUUUCGCCACAGCUGUAGAUCCAUCUACAACAUCGUUUCUCUCCCGUCGAGACCUGUUUUCCCGGAGCGAUGGGGAACGAGGCCAGCAUGGAGGGGGAGGGACAGGCGGGACAGCCCGGCCCCGCCGUCCCUGCAGCGGGGGCUCCGGCUUCCAUUUCAGCACCACCGGGCUCUGGACAGCUCCUCAAGCCCAGCAACGGAGCGCCGGCCGGGGGAAGCGCGGCCGGACCCGGGCCGGGGAUUAACAGACCUUCUCCGUCAGAUCCGGGGCCUAAAGCAGGAGUCCAGAGCGGUCACCACGGGACGGGCGACAGGUUGGCGGCCCACGACACCCCCCAGCACGCCGCGCCCCCGGGAGAGCAGGGCCAGGGCCACGUGUCCAGGAAGAGCCUGCAGGUGGACGUGGGCAGCAGCCGGACCGGGAGGUCGCCCUCCGUGUCCCCCGACCGAGGCAGCGUCCCCACCUCUCCUUACUCCGUGCCUCAAAUCGCGCCCAUGCCCAGCAGCAAGCUCUGCCCCGUCUGCAAAACCGCCGACCUGUCGGGCGCCGGGGACGACAAGCCCAACGCCAACAUCUGCACGCAGUGUCGCUCCACCGUGUGCAACCAGUGCGGCUUCAACCCAAACCCACACCUCACAGAGGUCCAGGAGUGGCUGUGUUUGAACUGUCAGAUGCAGAGAGCACUGGGGAUGGACAUGACUACACCUCGGUCCAAGAGUCAGCAACAGAUCCACUCUCCUUCUCAUCCCACAAACCCAGAGAUCAAACCGGACGCCCCGACUCAGGCCCCACACCAGACGAGCGCCCCCCCUCAGUCGCAGCCUCCGGCGCAGGCCCACCCAGUGCCUGGCCCCACCAAACAGACUGGUCCCGCCGGCCCAGGCCAGCAACAACAGAAGUUGCCUCCAGGGGCGGUUCCUCUCCCCGGGAUGGCAAAAGCCCCAUCCCAGCCCGAUUUGUCCCGCAACUCUCCAGCCCACCACCCCCAGCACCCCCGCCAGGACCAGACCCGCAGUGCGGGGAGCUCGCCCUCACGACAGCCGCCCCCUCCAGAACAGACUUUCGGGAAGCUGUUUGGCUUCGGCGCAUCUCUUCUGAACCAAGCCAGCACGCUCAUAUCUGAGACUACUCAACCCCAACAGCAGCCCCCAAAACCCGCCCCAAAGCCAGGAGGGCCUCCGGGUCCGGGACCCGGGGCGGGUAAACCCUCAGGACCGCAGCCUGCGCAGCACGGGCCCCGAGCCCCCGCUGAGCAGCACCAACAGCACGUUCCCCCAAACGCCUCCAAAUCCCAACCCUGCUGUCCCCUCUGCAAGACACACCUCAACGUAGGCAACGCGGCAGAGCAACCCAACUACAACACCUGUACACAGUGCCACUCCCAAGUGUGCAACAUGUGUGGAUUCAACCCCACUCCGCACCUCGUCGAGAAGAAGGAAUGGCUAUGCCUGAACUGCCAGACUCAGAGAGCUCUGUCAGGAAGCCUGGGAGAUAUUCCGCCUCCUGUUGCACAGCCCAUGGGAUCGCCACGGUUACCUGCUCCAGCCAAUCAACAGCCACCUCAGCAGAAAAUGCCCAAUCAACUAUCAGGGCCAAGGGCCUCAGGUCCUCAACCACAACAGAAACCAGCGUGUCCCCAAGUAAGUGGCCCUCUUUCUAGUGUGAAACAGGCCGGGCCUGCCCCUCAAACAAAGGGGAUCAGCCAGGCUUCUCCUCACACCAAGGCUUCUGCCCAACCCACCCCUCAACCUAAGGGUUCAGCACAGCCAUCCCCUCAAGUUAAGGGUCAGACACAGCCACCAACUCAGAGUAAAGGACCUGGUCAAGUCAAAGGUCCUAAUCAACCGCAUACACAAAGUAAAGGCCCCUCUCAGCCUGCUAGUCAAACAAAGGGCCCGAGCCAGCCCAAAGGGCCGACCCAGACAAAAGGAUCCGCUCAGCCCUCAGCUCAGACUAAGGGCCCCUCUCAUCCCCCUGGUGCCAAGGCUUCAUCUACUCCUGGUAAAGUUGCACCCAACCAUGCCAAGGCAUCAUCCGCCGCCUCAAAAUCAGCACCCACUCAGUCUAAACCCACAGGUAACAACCAGGCACGCAAGCAACCCCAAAGCCAAGAGAAGAACAAAGUUGGAUCUAAAGCUCUAAAAGAAGACGUCAAAGCCUCACCGAAGAAGGCAUUAUCAGAGACUGUCACUUCUCCAAAAGACAUGAAGAUAGACGAAGACACUCUGAAGUCAAGACACCACGAAGAUUACAACAAAUCAAGUACGCAGAGUUUGAGUGACACUGGAUAUUCUUCAGAUGGGAUCUCCAGCUCUCAAGGGGAAAUUAUUGGUCAGAUUCAAGAAGAAGGGAUCAAACUGAGUGAAAGAGGUGCUUCAAUCCCCUCUGAAAUCACCAAGCUGGAGAGCUCAAUGAAGCCUCUGCUGGAGUCAAAGCACAGGCCUCACUCCUUGUCUGUUGGGCAGGAGAGAGAAUACAGCCCUGAAGAUGAUGCUGGAAGGGAUGAAUCAGAGGAUGACUUUAGCUGUAAACUUCGACAUGACUAUGUGGAAGAUAGUAGUGAAAGUGGUCUCUCGCCCUUACCUGUUAGACAGAAAAAGUCCCAUAAAGAUACAACUGAUGAAGAUUAUAUGAGAAGGCAGAUAAUGGAGAUGAGUGCUGAUGAAGAAGAAAUGGAAGAAUAUGGAAACCAGAAAACUAAAAAGGCACCGAAGAGUAGUGGGGAUUUGACCAAAGAGAGACGGCGACUCACUCAUCCUUCUAACAGCUUUGAGGAAGACACCAAGGCAUCAGAUGGUGCUUAUAAGGCUAAUGAAGAAGAAGAUGUUGUUAUGGCUGGAGGCCUUCGGCGUUUUAAGACCAUUGAGCUGAAUAACACCAACAGCUACAACCGAGAAAUGGAGCUCAGUACUGAGCAUGACCUACGAGAACCAGAGCUAGAGAUGGAGAGUCUGACUGGUUCUCCUGAGGAGCGGUCAAAGGGAGAAUAUUCAUCCACUCUGCCAGCCACCACUCCCAGCUACACCUCUGGGACAUCCCCCACAUCUGUAUCAUCUAUGGAGGAUGACAGCGACAGCAGCCCUAGUCGUAGGGCACGGCUAGAAGAGGCAAAGCAGCAGAGAAAGGCUCGGCAUCGUUCCCAUGGGCCACUGCUGCCCACUAUUGAGGACUCUUCCGAGGAAGAUGAGCUCAGAGAGGAAGAGGAACUGCUUAGGGAACAAGAGCAGAUGAGAGAUCUAGAACAACAGAGAAUCCGAAGUACAGCCCGUAAAACGAAGCGGGAUAAAGAGGAGCUACGGGCACAGAGACGCAGAGAAAGGUCCAAAACACCUCCCAGUAAUCUCUCUCCCAUUGAAGAUGCAUCGCCAACAGAAGAGCUGAGACAAGCUGCAGAGAUGGAGGAGUUGCAUAGAUCAUCCUGUUCUGAAUACUCACCUUCAAUGGACUCUGAGGCAGAAGGGUUUGAGAUAAUUGGCGGAAAACUUUACAAAUCAGGAAAUGAAUUUAAUCUUCCAACUUUCACAUCGCUCUACUCUCCAACAGAAAAGGCAUCAGCAAUGUCACCAUCUGACAAAACAUUAAAAAGUGCUGAGGAGGUCUAUGAGGAGAUGAUGAAGAAAGCACAGCUCAUGCAGAAACAAGGACAAACAAUCAAUCAGCAAAAAGGUUCCUCCCAGACUGAUGGCAAAAAUCUUGAGGCUACAACUGUCCUUACCCCUGGCUCCAGCCCCACACAAGUCGGUGCACCUAUCUCCUUUUCUACAACAGGCAGUGAUCCAAGAAUACAUGCAGCACAACAUCUUUCAAAAGAAACACAAAACAGGAUUAUGACACAGAGUGCCAAAAUUGAAGGUGUUGUUGGAGUUGCCACAACCAAAGCCCAGUCUAGUCACACUUCCACAGCUAGACAGGCAAGUACCACAGUGCCUGCUGGCAACAGAGCAGGCCCCCAGAGGUCCACACAGGCAGCGCCUGACCCUGGAUUGUCUUCCCUCAGCUCCAAAGUCUUCUCACUUUUCAAAGGUCCCAGUCCCCCAGUUUCCCCAACUCCAUCCCCUACACAAAGUCCAACACAUACACCAUCUGUGCGCCCAACUAGCAGUAGUGGCAGGCAGUUGCCAUCUAUACCUGGUGGAUCUACAUCAGCAGCUGUAUCCCAUGGAGCUCAGGUGCCUCAAAAGGUAGUUUCACCACGCCUUGUACGACAGCAGUCUUCACAAGAUUCACCAGUUAUGGUAAUAACGCUAGGCUCGGAGACCACUAGUCCUGCUAAGCCACUCACUGUAAAUUCUUCAACUUCCCCUUUGUCAUCUCCGACACAGGGCAGUUGUAAAACACUGUAUAGCUCACAGCCCCAAUCUGUAAGUUCCCCAACAUCGCCACAAAGACAACAGUCACUGAAACAUUCCUCUCAGAUGACUCAACAUGUUGAAAAAGUAAAUAUUGGUAUUGGUGCUGGGACCACAACUGGUCGUGGAUCAAUGGAAAAUAUAUCUCUCUGUAAAAUCUCAAAUAUUCCAGGCACUUCAAAAGUUGUGGGUCAGAGUCAAACACAUCAAGGCAGUAAUGUGGUUGAUCUAAGAGCCCCGAUAAGGUCAGCUCCAAUUAUAAUGACAGAUCAGGGCAUGGACCUCACAUCCCUUGCCUCUGAUACAAGGAGAUAUUCUGUGGGAGUAGAACAACCAUCUGGAAGACACACAGCAGUGCAACCUCUGAUUAUGAACCUAAAUGCACAAGAGCAACCACAUGUAUCUGUAUCAACACCAACCACUGUAAGUGUCACUGUUGCAGGCUCAAUGUUUGUCUCCCAACCGAAGCAGCCAGUUGUGUACGGUGAUCCUUUGCAAAACCGUGUUGACCUGGGACAAGGUGUUGGAUCAGCCGUUUGUUUAACACAGACUAAGCCACCAAUUACUGACCCAUCAAUUCCCAAAAUUGAUGCCUGUCUAGAAAACUUAGGCAUACAACAACAGCAAUUGCAAUUGCAGCAGCAGAAGUUGCUACAACAACAACAGCUUCUUGAGCAGCAGCUCCAGCAGCACCAGCAGCAAUCCUCUUUUGCUCGUUACAAUUUAGCUAAUCAGGUUCAGCCGCUGCUAAUCAAAAAAGACCUUGUAGUGAGCCAGACAAGUAGUGCCCAGCCUGCAGUGACUGCUAGUGCUAUUCCUAGAGUAUCUCCGCUGGGUCCACCUUCAGUAUCAGGGGCUCUCGUUACUAACGUUCCUCAUGAAAUGUAUAGUGGAGUUGCCUUAGAGCUUAAAAAUAAACCAACAGUAGUGAACCUGUCCACAGGUAAGCAACAUGUUAUGAUGGUGCAGCUUGAUGAAAGUAACACAGCACAAAGUGGCACAGUCACACAAUUGGUAAAGCAAGAGGAACCUCCACCCCCUCCUCAGGUCUUGGAUCUCACAGGACAGAUCAAACCAGAAAACCAAGUGGCUUGUUGUGAUGUUGUUUACAAAUUGCCCUUUGCUGGUUCAUGUUCAGGGUCAUUAACUCAGAAACCUUCACCUGUAUCCUCAGAUAAAAACCCCACUACUGAAACCUCUCAAACCACCUAUCCUCCCCAUCCACCACAUUACAACGUUAGCCAACAGCAACAUCAACCUCAAGUGACACAAGGAAUGACAGAGGAACACAAACCAUAUCAAUCCCCGGUGGUCCCCUCAGGAAAAAUACAGCCCUCCAUGUCUGAUACUAAUCUGCCUUCCAUGACUGAGGCGGGGCACUAUCCAAGCAGUGUUCAAGGGGGUCUUGCUGUGGAUUUGAGCAGUAUGAAUCAGGCUUAUGAUGCAGGAUACCUUGGCAUGGGAGCACAGUAUGGUUCUUACACAGAUUUACGUCAUCAAGGAGAUUUUACAGGUCCUUCAUUACCCCUUCGGCGUUAUGGCUCCAUGUCAAACAUCAGCUCUGACUUUGCCUACAGUUCACGUGACCUGACAAGUUCCCAGGAUUCCAAUCUGGCUCAAUAUAGUGCAACUACUGCUCGUGAAAUCAGUCGUAUGUGUGCAGCUCUUAACUCAGUGGACCAGUUCAGUCGGUAUGCUAAUAACCCUGAGCUGUCACCUUAUGGAGUUGGAAGGGGCGGUCCUUUAGCAAGACUAAAUCUGCAGCAAAGUUUAGCAUCAAUAAGAGCAAAUUUGCUGUAUGGUCCAGACGGGAGACCAACAGCCAAUGGCCAAACCUUAACAAAUUUGAUCAAUGCUAGACAAGCAAGCUUACGCGCCUUGUACCCUGGUGCUAUGAGAGGAGGUGAUGGCAUGAUUUAUUCUACUAUUAACACUCCCAUUGCCUCUACAUUGCCAAUUACUACACAACCUGCCUCUGUUCUGCAUCCCAUGCCUAGAGGAAUAUACAGACCAUACCCGACAGGUGUAACUGCUGUACCUUUGGCUAGUCUUACCAGGUUGCCUCAAAUUACUCCCAGAAUGCCUCUGUCCACACAGGGACCUUAUUCUUACCCUCCUCCUAACCAGUACCCUCCUUCAGUCACACCAAUGGGAAUUAUGCCUGCAGUAAGCAGCACACAGCAGGAAACACCAGUAUAUCUUGGAAAGCCUUUAACAACAGUUGCUGGACAAGCAGCUGUAACCAUUCCAUCAACCCAACCUACACCACACCUAGGAACACAGAAUGUACCAGCUUCUGGUAUGCAGUCAACCACAGGUCAACAAAUAGAUCACAUUCAACUUACCUCACAGAGUAUUACAUCUCUCCCUCAAGGUCAAACCCCAACUGUGCUGCCAGCACAGGCUCAAAUACAGCCUCAGCAGCUGCCUGUCCAAACUGAACCUUUGUCUUUGACUCAAACUCAAUCUCAGUCUCAACCCAACAGUCAGUCUCAACCGCUGGCCCUGCCACAAAGCCAGUCACAAGCAGCACCACACGGUACUGUCCCAGCACCAAAUACCAAACUCUCUUCUCCUUCAGAGGUACACAAGGGCAAAGAAGAUGAACGACUGAAUCAGCAACAAGAGCAUGUUUUGCAGCUAGAGAGAGAGCGUGUAGAAUUGGAGAAAUUAAGGCAGCUACGCCUACAUGAGGAGCUUGAAAGAGAUCGCAUGGAACUACAGCGUCACAGGGAGAAAGAACAGCUACUUGUUCAACGUGAAAUCCAGGAACUGCAAACAAUAAAACAGCAAGUCCUACAACAGCAGCAAGCAGAGCGUGAGACUCAGCUGAUUAUGCAAAGAGAACAAUUGGCUCAACAGAGAAUGCAACUAGAGCAAAUUCAAUCUCUACAGCAGCAGCUCCAACAGCAGUUGGAGGAGCAGAAAAGACAAAAGACGGCAGCAGUUGAGGCAGCCGCUGCUGCGGCCGCAGCUGAAGCUGCAGCUGCAUCGGCUGCUGCUGCUGCAGCAGCAACAUCUGCCCAGGGAGCUAUGCAAGGGGUUGUUGUUGGAGGAGGGCAUUCUCAAGGUUUUAUUAUCUGUGACCAGACUGGUAGAGUUAUUCAACAAGACGGGCAGAGCGUUCAGUUUUGGCAAGAUGGACAAGUGGUCCAAGCUGUAGUGGCUGCUCGACCAAUCCAAAGUUCAGCUUCUGAAAUGUCUCUAAGAACCACUGACAAACAAGUUGAUUCUAAGAUGAUGAAAAAGCAAAACUCUAUGCCUCGACUGAGGGAUGGCUCAGAAGACGACUCAGUGAAAAGGAUUGCAGAUAGUUGUGUUCAAACAGAUGACGAAGAUGGAGAGGAGAGAUUUAUGAAUAGGCGCAGGAGGACAAGGCGUAUUGCAGACUGCAGUGUGCAGACUGAUGAGGAAGACCAGGGAGAAUGGGACCAGCAGCCAGUGAGGCGCAGGCGAUUGCGUGUGUCUAAGCACUCUGAAUCUAGUGGUGAGGCGAAAUCAGACGGGUCAUCCAAAGUGGCUUCUUCAAGUAUAGCUAUUCAGACCACUAAUGAUUCGUCAUGCCAGACAGAGUCAGAUCAGCUCGGCAGAGUUUCGCCUGCAAUCCACAUCACCAUGGCAGAAACCUCAAAGGUGGACUUGUUGCAUUACAUCGCGGCUCCUGAAAGGACCCACAAAGGAGAGAGUCUGGCCUGUCAGACAGAACCUGAGUCUCAUUCUCAGGGUGUGGUUGCCCCACAGCUGAGUGUCCCCACAACAAUCAGUCCGUACUCAACAAGCCUUCAUAUAGUGGGUGCAAACACAGUUGAUCCGACGUCUCCUCGACUUCAAGGAGUGGCUAAGUUUGAGAGGAGAAAACCUGAUCCUCUGGAAAUUGGCUAUCAGCAGCAAAAUGAAUCUCCAUCUCGCCAACCACCCAAGUCUCCCCAGGUGCUUUACUCCCCUGUAUCACCACUGUCUCCUCAUCGCAUGCUCGAAACAACUUUUGCCUCCCAAGAGAAGCUCAACAAGGCGCAUGUUACGCCCCAGCAGAAGGCUUUCACAACUGAAUCACCCCAGCGUCAUCAGACUCUUCCAAGGCCCAUAAAAAGUGUACAGCGCUCGAUGUCAGAUCCAAAGCCUCUCAGCCCUACAUCGGAGGAUCCAGCCAAGAACAGGUUCUCUCCAUAUCAUCAGCAAGCUCUGUCCAACAGUCAGCAGAUGGCCUCCCUGCAGCAGCAGCAGAACUCUCUGAUGAGGAAAGUAAAGAGAACUCUUCCCAGCCCCCCACCAGAGGAGACUCCACUCCCCAUUGUUACUCCAGCACAAAUGUACAGCUCUCCUGGCAUGCCCCAAAGGGUCCUUCCAAGACCUGCCCAGGGAGUCACCAAGGCUGGCCUGCUGAGUGAACUGAAGGCUGUGGAGCAAGAAUCAUCGAAGCUUCGCAAACAGCAGGCAGAACUGGAGGAAGAAGAAAAAGAGAUCGAUGCUAAGCUACGUUACUUGGAGUUAGGUAUCACCCAACGCAAGGAGACCAUGGUGAAGGAAAGAGAGAGGAGAGAGUUGGCUUACUUGCGGUGUAUGGGUGAUGCCCGAGACUACAUGUCUGAUAGUGAGCUGAAUAACCUCAGGAUGGCAGCUGCGAGUGGAACCUUUGAUGCUAAUGGUUUGCUGACAAGGCCAAGCACAGCACCGCUGAGCCAGUUUACUAAUGACCUCAAUGCAACCCCCCAGUAUCCUUCAACUUCUUCCUAUAUGUCAUAUCCUUACCCUCAAAGUCAACCUUCAACACAGCAACCAAGCUCUGCUUAUCAGCAGAUAGGUUUCCAACCUCCUCAGUACCCCUCAUCCUCAGCACCCCAACCAGGAACUUUUCAGCCCCAUCCCCCACCAGGCCCUGGCUACCAGAACCAGGGAUCCUACUCCUCCCGUAUGUAUGCCCAGUCUUCCUAUCAGACAGACAUGAGCAUGCAACAGCAUGGCCACCAGGGCUUCCACACACCUGCUCAACCUAUGCCAGGACAGAGCCUUCCUUACCCCACCCAUAGUUCUUACCAACCUGGCCUGUCUUACCAGACCCAGGCAGAGAUUCUUACGGUUCAUCAAAGGCCAAGGCAAACUUCUUUGGCUGACCUUGAACAAAAACUCCCUACCAACUAUGAAGUCAUCAGCAACCCAGCAGUGUCAGUGGCCACAUCAGCUCCAGAUACCAGCUUUGGUUCUGCCUAUAGCAAUGCAUAUGGACAAUACCGAGCACCUGAGCCUGGACUGACCCACUCUGUGGACAGUCCCACUUCUGCUUACGCUUCAGAUGGUCUUUAUACGUCCAACCUCGAGCAGAACAUUCCUCGUAACUAUGUGAUGAUUGAUGACAUCAGUGAGUUGACUAAAGACAACGCUGGCCAGCCCACUGAUGCCUUAGGUCAUCCAGUAGGAGGUCGCUAUCGCAGUGAGAAUGGUUCUGCUCGAGGAAGUGCCUAUGGCAGGCCUGAAGAUGAGUCUGUUGAUGCUUAUGGGAGACCCACUGGUUCAGCAGGUUAUCAAAGCACGGUGGACAGUCGCACGAGCACUACAGUGAGUGGAAGCUCUUCUUAUUACUACGAUGAUUACAAACACUCAUCACGAAGCAGCUCUGGUGGCCACAAAGUCACGUCCAAGAAUCUUGCCCCAGCCGUGGUCUCCUCUAAACGGAGUAAGCACAGGAAGCAAGGAAUGGAGCAGAAGAUUUCAAAAUUUUCACCUAUCGAAGAAGCACGUGAUGUGGAGUCUGACCUUGCCUCUUACACAAUGACAACAUCCACGGGGGGAACCUGUACGGUGGUGUCAAGAUCCAAAAAGCUGCCAGAUGAUGGCAGCUAUGGGAUGAAGAAAAAUGCAUAUGAUCAGCAGAAAUAUUAUGGUACCAGUCGUGAGGGUCUUGAGGAGGAGGACCGCAUGUACAACUCUGGUCGGUCUAGGUCGACAGGAUAUGGCAUGGACAAGAUCUCCUCCCGAGAUGGCACGGGUCACCGAAGUAAAUCUUAUGAAAGAGAUGCUAUGGAACGGUCGCAGAGAAGUAGCCGCAGUGGAAGGCCUCCAAUGCGUAACCAAAAUUCAGAAGAAGAGAGCCCACUUAGUCCUGUUGGGAAGCCUGUAGGCAUGGGGAGAGGCACUGGCAUACCAGAGGCCCAUGAUGUGAGAAACCAGUACGGCUCCAGCCAUUCCCUGCCCGAUGUUCAGGACCACCACAAGAAGGACCUGCCCAGGAGUCAUGUCUAUAAACCAGAUGAUCCUUAUCUUGUAGACGACAUGCACUGUGCUGUAUCUGACAGUGAAGCCUAUCAUUUGGGUCAAGAGGAGACUGAUUGGUUUGAGAAGCCACGGGAGGCCCGUUCUGAUCGCUCCAGACAUCAUGGUAGUGGAGGCCACUCGUCCACAGGAAGACGCAGCAAGCACACCUACCAUGAUUAUGACGAGCCUCCGGAGGAGUAUGGUCAGCAGGAUGAGUACAACCAGCAACGCCAUUCAUCCUCAGCUUCACGGGAACAUCGCCAUCAUGGCAGCAGCUCUGGUCGACACAGCUCUUCGCGACACUCAUCAGAAGACCCCAGGUCCUCGCGUUCCUCCAGGACACACCCCAAAGACCCCUCUGGCCGCUCUGAUGGCAGGGGCUCCUCUUCUGCGCAGAGAAGAAGUGGCGCUGACUCCCGCUCUGCCCAGGGAAGCCCUCGGAACUCUGGAGACUUCUCUCGUGACUCCCCUGGACAUCACCAUGGCACUGGGGGACGGAGCCAGCGACCACAAGGUGAUCGCGCAACCUCCAGGAGACAAGAUCCUUCUGCACCAGGGUCCAAGCAACAGUCACAACAGCCCCCUCAAAGCCACUCUGGGCAGCCGCGAUCAGGAAGUCAGGGCCAGUCUGGAAGACAUCCAGGCUCUGAACCAGUUGACAGUACCCAACAUCAACAGUCCCAGCAGCAGCAGCAACAACAGAGCGCACAGCAACAACAGCAGCAACCAAUGCAGCACAGCCAAGGCCCUCAGAGCAACCAGCCCACAACAACGGCUGCAGGAGCUGCACCAGCACAGCAGCAACCCAAAACCAGUCAGGCCCCACCGCAGGGACGGCAGCCAGGGAUAGGGUCUGCAGCAGGACAGCCACCUACUACCAAAAUGGAUACGACACCUGCAGCAGCUGCUACACAAAUGAAGCCGACAACAGGAGUCCCAGCAGCGCCUCAGCCUACCAAAAUAGCCACGCCCCCUCUAACAGGCAUCGGCUCCAAGGCUGCUCCUGUUGGGAUUGGCAGCAAACCCGGUGGUAUCGGCAGCGCCGCAGCAGGCCAGGCUCCUGCUGAAGGGGAAAACGUUCUCACCAAAAUCCUGCAAGGAGGGGCAGCAGAACAGGCAGGAAAACUGGGAGAUGCUUUGUCUGGCCUUGGGAAGAAGUUCACCUCAUUUUGGUGAGCUGAGGACAGGCGGAAUUUGAAUAACACGGAGAGGUACCUCUGUACUGGAAAACCUAUGAAACUGCAUUUAAAAAAAUUCACUUGACAGAAGAAAUGAAGGAAAGAAAAUCUGAAUUUCAUCAAGCUGGAAUCAAAGGAUGCCUUGUCAGCACUGAAUUCCCCAGACAUGGGCACAUGAUAGAAGCGAAUUAAGUGAGGAUGAUCGCUAAGUCAGCAUGGUGUUACAAGACAUGAGCAGAGGGUUGAAGAGGCCUGAAUGUAAGUGGAAGCUUUGACAGUAACACAGUCCCACAACAGUGAUUGCAAAGACAUCGGGAGGCUUCAUUAGACUAGAGGAGGCCGAUGGUCAAUAAUGAGGAUGCUGUAAACCGACGGGAAGGGGGGGGAGGGGAACUCGAGGCCUACUUUACUUUCUCUUGUAGAGAAAUCCUCCAGGGAUCCGUGUUACUGUAAAAGCCCACUAACAGAAGCAGGUAGAUAUCAUUGGAUGGAUUCAGCGUGCUUAUCCGUGCGUGUCCUUCCUGUGAAAGAGCUCGAUAGAGGAAAGGCCCACAGCGCCCUCUACAGGGAGGAUAAAGCAACAGCAUGUCUGAGGAGUGCACGUGCUCCUCUCGGGGAUCCUUGAUUCUGCAUUGAUGUCUUCAGAGUAUUCACAGGAAAAA